GGCUUUUGGGCGGUGUUUGUCAUUAAACCAACUGCCUGAUGAGGAUUAGAAGUGUCUCCACAAUGGAAUGCAGAAUAAUGACAGCUCAAUCAAUUCUUGAUUACAAUAUAGAAUCCCCUGCAGUGCUCACCAGACUAUGUGGUGCAGAGACCUUGCCAGGAGGUGUCAUGGCUGCCUUUGCCUGCUGCAUCUUGGAAUCGUGUAUUACUGCAACAGCACUGCUUUUGAUUUUGGGAAAUUAGUAAAUUAAAAUUGUUCGGCAAGCGAUGGCGAGGCCUGAUCGAGAAGCUAUCGAUACUUUCAUGAGCAUCACCGGCGCUCCUGAAGCCACAGCAAUUCAGAAAUUGGAGCAAUAUCAUGGCAACCUCAAUGAAGCUAUUAAUGCGCAUUUCAGUGAAGGAGAUCGAAAUAUAGUUCCAGAGGCAUCCUUGACUGUCCCUCAGGGGGAUGAUAUGGACAUUGAUGAUCCAAUGCAAGUUGGCUUGCGGAGACCACCUCCUUCCCGCCUGCCCUUUUCUAGUGAUAUUAAUCCAUUCUCACUAUUAGAUCCAAGCCUCACCAGAAGUAUAUUUGAUCCUGGUACCAAUAUUUCAUCUCGCUCUCCUUUUGUUUCCCACCCAAGAGAGGUGAGGGAGAUUCCUAUUGAGGUUAAAGACAGCGGUGGGGCAUCUGAUAAUACUGGUCGUGCUCCUGUCAUUGAAGAUGUUAGUGAAACUGCAUAUGAUCAUGGGCCAGAAGUGCGCGGGGCUGUCACAUUAGAUGACGAUGAUGAUGACACUACAUAUACUCCAAACCCAGCAAGUACACAUGAUAGACAUGGGAAUCAAGGUAGCCCUGUGCAAUCUGGUCCAAGUGCUCCUACCAUCGUAGAUGUCCCUGACAAUGACUACAGCAAUGACAUAGAAGAAGAAAUGAUACGAGCAGCCAUUGAGGCUUCAAAGAAGGAUGCUGUAAUGUCAACCCAACAAUAUAGCAGUAUUGAUCAUGAAUUUCCUCCUCCCCAGCGUGUGCAGUCUCACCUUGAAGAUCCUGAUCUUGCACAGGCAGUUUCCCUUUCAUUGCAGACUGCAGAGAAAGAAAAGGCACUGAGGGAAGUAGAAGGGGAAAUUGGAUCUUCAGGAGGUGACGCAAAGAAAUCAGAUUUACCAGAGGAAAUGGGGAAAACAGAAAUUUCAAAUGGAAGGCAAUCUCAUUUGGAACUUGGAAGUUCAUCUAUUCAAGAUGAAGAUGAAGAUGUAGAAGACAUACAACUGAUUAGGCACAGGAGAAGGCGUGUGGCCUCAAGUUCAAUAGACUCCCCAGAGGAUAAUGGAGGAGUAGAAGCCAGUCCACCUUCAAGUCCUCGUCAAAUCUAUAACAAUAAUAAUUCGCAGAAUACCGGAGGCAAUUUCCCUUCAGAUGAGUGGGGUGGUAUCUCAUCUGAAGAACAUGAUGAAGCUGUAAUGCUUGAGGCUGCGAUGUUUGGUGGCAUUCCUGAAGGAACUGGAUAUCAUUUUCCUUAUGCACCUCAUCAGCCCAUGGAGAGCGGUUUAAGCAGAUCCAUGGGCCCUUACUCCAGAAACUUACCUCGUCCUCCAUCCCCGUCUGUCACUGCACAGAGAUUGAUACGAGAACAACAGGACGAUGAGUAUCUUGCUGCAUUACAAGCUGACAGAGAGAAAGAAUUAAAGGCCAAGGAAGAAGCUGAAGCUGCUUUUGCUGAAGAGAGGCGCAAGGAGGAGGAGCAACAAAGACAGUUGCAGGAACAACAGGAAAUUGAGAGACAAAUAGCUGCCAAGGAAGCUUCCCUUCCUCAGGAACCAAGACCAGAUGAUGAGAAUGCUGUUACACUCCUUGUUCGAAUGCCUGAUGGAAGUAGGAGAGGUCGCCGAUUUUACAAGUCUGACAGGCUACAGCACCUUUUUGACUUCAUUGAUGUUGGGAAAGGUGUUAAGCCUGGAAGCUACAGAUUGGUGAGGCCUUAUCCUCGGCGUGCAUUUGGCGAUGAAGAGAGCAACUCAAGUCUGAGCGACUUGGGGCUGACGAGCAAGCAAGAAGCCUUGUACCUGGAGCUGAUUUAACCAUACCAUAACAUACCCUCCUCCCUCAUUUGGUAUGCAAUCAAUCAGAAUCAAGUUGAAACUUUUGUGUUAUUUCUAUGACUUGAGAUAUCAAUUUGUUUGCUGGUUUUUGGAAAUAUGAUGGUAUUGCCAAGAUAGAGUCUUGAGAGGGCAAAGCAGUUGGUUUAUGGUUUCAUUUAUUAGUAGUAUUACCUUUCUACAUUAUAUGAUUAUGACUAUUAUUAUCAUACAUGGAUCCAUGUCCACUUGCAUAGACAGUUGGUAUAUAUCUGGAAUUAAACUUGCAAGUGAAGUUCCUGUGUUA